UACUGCAACGACAUGAUUGUGGAGACAAAAGGGGAUUCUAUUUCGCUGUCACAUCAUUCCUUUAAUGAUCACUUGAAUAAUGCAGAAAAGGCAUUGCACAGAAUAGAAGCAUACAGUCUAAAGCUAAAUAGCCAUAUAAGGGGAUUGAAAGAACUACUGGGCACCAAUAGAAAGUUGAUUGCGGGGCUAUCGUACAACGAGCACAGCAUCAUAUCUUUAUUGGAAAAUAAAGCCAAGGACAAAAAAAUGGGACGAAAAUCGAGUAAAAGAAGGUGUCAUCUUCGUAGGACUUGCAAGGCGGCCAACAUAAGAGAGGCAUGCUGGACGCAAUGCGAGUCUCACAUCGUGCCACCAAAGGAAGAACACAUCCAGGACUUGGUGAAGGUCCAAAGGACAUCACAUACUUCUUUCAGCCAUCCCGGAAAAGAACUUGAACGGCAGAUAGGUGGUCAGGAGCUAAUAGAAAGAAUGCCUUCAUAUUCCGAUCUAAAUGAGGAGAUUGGUUUCAAAGGUAUGGCAAAGUCCGAGAUCUUUCCUUUUCAAUCUAAGUACAUUUAUAUAUCUUAAGUAAAAUGCAUGCUAAAGCUGGUCGAAAAGAUGGAUUUUAAAACGGCCACAAUUGCCGAUGUAAAAAUCGUUCGCAGAAGAGUGUUAAGUGCAAUGUCGAGUUGCCAAAAAAUAUGUGCACCAGAAGGGGUUUGUUCCAAUUUGACAUUUAUAUCGAAAAAUCCGUACCUAACUACGAGUAUUUCUGAAUAAAAUUGUAUUCCUGCAAAUAUUCCAAUAAAUCUAUUUUAAGGUGGUGAUUUCUUAAGAUUACAACAAGACGUUUUCUAUAUAUGAUGCAUUUUUUUAAUUUA